CGUUUCCUUGAUAUUAACACUUGUUAUUGAUGUGGUCUUCGCCUUGUUCUUAUCUUCUUCAACCGGGCUGCAGCUCCGCGGCAGGACAUGACUUUCCCAAACUACCCUACCAACCCACUUCUUUCAAACCUGGAUAGAUAGACAACGACUUUUGGAGAAGAAAUUUUCAGCUUUUCUUCCCUUCUUCGUAAAUUCCAUGACUGCAAUUGUUUGGGUGUUUGGUUUAUGCUCUUGUUUUUUUGGUGGUUAAUUGGUGCAUAUAAAAAGUCCUUUGGAGGAGAGAUUGAGAAGGGAAUUAUGCAGCAUGUUAGGAUUUCUUCCUAUCAAUCUCCAGUCCAUAAGCUUGGUGACUCACAGAUGACUCUGUCCCCAAAGUUUAGAUUGACGGCAACCCCGGCAACGUCAUCAUCUGGUUUAUUUUCAUCCUCAUUGCCACUAGAAAUAGAAAUGGAACCAUCACUAGGACUACAGCCUUUUAUUCCAGGUCUCCCUGAUGACCUUGCACUCAAUUGCCUCCUCCGCUUGCCUGUCAGCACUCACCAAAAGUUCCGGGUGGUGUGUCGCAGGUGGCAUGACUUGUUAAGGACCAAGGACCGCUUCUUCACUGAAAGGAAGUUAGUGGGCAUCUGCAGUGCAUGGAUGUUUGUCUUCGCUUUCAAUAGGUUCACAAGAAAGAUACAAUGGCAUGUGCUCGACCUCACCCACUUCUCCUGGCAUACCAUCCCCAUCAUGCCUGGCUGUAAACAUGCUGGGCCUAAUGGGUUCGGCUGCAUUGCUAUUCCACAAGAUGGUAUUCUUAUUGUCUGCGGCAGCAUGAUGUCUGAUCUUGGCUGCCCGCUGCAUGUUGUGUUGAAGUAUGAAAUGCAGAAAAACCGGUGGACUGUCAUGAGACAAAUGCUCGUUCCUAGGUCGUUUUUUGCCAGUGGGGUUAUUGAUGGUAAAGUUUAUGUUGCUGGAGGGUAUAGCACAGACCAGUUUGAGCUCAACUCUGCUGAGGUUCUCAACCCUGCUGAUGGUAAAUGGCAGCAAAUCACGAGCAUGGGCAUGAACAUGGCAAUGUAUGAUUCAGCAGCUCUUGAUGAAAGGCUUUUUGUUACUGAAGGUUGGGCAUGGCCAUUCUUGUUUUCUCCCAGAGGGCAGGUUUAUGAUCCAAAAACCAACGCUUGGGAGUCAAUGACUGUUGGCAUGCGGGAGGGUUGGACUGGAUUGAGUGUGGUUCUCGAUGGUCAUUUGUUUGUUAUAUCUGAACAUGAGGAUAUGAGGGUGAAGGUCUAUGACAUGAAAACUGAUUCAUGGGAUAUUGUUGAGGGGUCUCCGCUGCCAAAAAGAAUGAUAUCAAAGCCUCUCUCUGUGAGCUCGUAUGGUUCUAGACUGUUUGUUGUCGGCCAAGGCCUUCAUGUUGCAGUGGGGCAUAUCGAAAAGAAGAGUUGCUGCGUCUUGGAUGAUAGGAAAAACUGGAGCUUCUCCAUUCAAUGGCAACAAAUAGAGACACCAAGUGAAUUUUCCGACUUAACACCAUCGAGCUCCCAAAUUUUGUUUGCUUGAUGAUGUGUUUGUUCAAGUUUAACUUGUUCAUUCUUACUUACUUUCUGCUGAAUGACUAAAUAAAGCUACUGACAUUGUUGGUUCUGCUUGUAAAUUGUGGCUUAAAAUGGCAUUGGUCAAGUUUAGCUUUUCAUAUUGAUGCUAUUGGAAACUAAUUGUUCUAUUUCUAAUGUAAGAAUAUGAGGUUUGGUCAGUUUUA